GGACUGGUGGCGGUGCUACGACAACUCGACAGACUCACUGUCACUUUGUCAAUGCAUGCAGGGUUCAUUCGUAAGGGGAAGAGAGAGAAAGCUAUCCGAGCAGAGGAGAACUUUGUCUGCAAAUAAUGUGCUGUUUGCUAAGUAGACUGUAGACGGUUAUUUUGACCGAGGCGGAACGCGAUCUUCCUGCUCGGGACCUGGCCGAGUUGGCGCAGCGAGCUACAGUAAGCUGCUGGUCGCGACAGGCAUCGAGAAUAUCUCUCGAGUAGAAUUUUAUUCUGCCUCGCGGUCGGAUCUGUGAUUGAAGCACACAGGACGUCGCCAUGUUUACUUCGAUAGUCCAGCUCGCCGCCCUAGUGUGUUCGCUACUAGCGUUGAUGACCAGCACGGUAACGGCACGACCCAAGCGCCGGCUAGACACCUAUAUCAGCCACUACGAGGAGCUCAAUUACAACACGGAACCGCUGGCACAGGAGCAUGCCAGAGUAAAGCGUGAGACAAAGGGCUACAACCGCUUCUUCGGUGACCCACUGGAGGUGUCGUUUUCGUCGCAUGGCAAGUAUUUCAGACUUAAGCUGAACCCUCACCAUCAUGUGUUCCACCCGGAUGCAAAAUUCAUUGAUGGUAAUGGCAAACCAUUUCCCUAUGACCACUCAGAGUUCUACUCCGGAAAGGUAAUCGGCGACGACCUGUCAUCGGUGGCUGGAACAGUUGCGAAUGGCAAGUUCCAUGGCGUGAUUCAAACCAAGGAGGAUCGGUUUCACAUUGAGCCGUCACGCCGCUACUUUGACAACCCGGAGUUUCACUCCAUCGUGUACAAGGCGAGUGAUGUUGAAUUUUCCGGUGACAGUUGCGGUGCCUCGCAUGAGCUGCGCCACUGGAUGGAGAACAUGCAGAACUCCGGUGAACGUCAGCUGAACGCUAGUUAUGCUAAACAAGCUAAGGAACAGGAGGAGCACCACCACCGUCAGCGCAGAGCACCAAACUCAGAAUACGUUGAAUGCCGCAUCAAGAUUGCUGGUGACCACUUGUUCUCGCAGCAGGUUGCCAAAGAAGAAGGUAUUGACUUGGCAACCGAUAAGACCGGAGUUCGAUCAGCCGUGGCACGUGUGCUCGGUCGCUACGUCAUGAACGUCAAUCUGAUCUACACAACAACGAACUUCAUCAAGAGCUCGGACGGGAACGAGGGCAUUACCUUUGCCAUCAGGACAGUCCAGGUGUAUGUGCUUUCCAGUGAGACUUCGAACAGUCUUGGGUCCGGCUUGUCUGCCCAGCUGGUUGGCGUUGACCGAUUCCUGGAUUUGUGGUCACAGCGAAAUCUGACUGACUUCUGCCUUGCAUACCUGUUCACCAAUCGUGAUUUUGAUAAUGGUGUGCUUGGCUUGGCCUGGGUCGGUUCCGCGGGUAAUUCAGCAGGAGGUGUUUGUGACAAGUACCAGCGCUACAGCGAUGGCUUCAUGAAGACUCUGAACACUGGUAUCGUCACCACACUCAACUUUGGCAAGCAGGUGGCACGCGAGGUCUCCUAUCUGACCUUUGCUCAUGAGCUUGGGCAUAACAUGGGAUCCAACCACGAUCCCAGCACGGCGACGUGCUCACCAGGCGGCAGUGCCGGCAACUACAUCAUGUACGCCCAUGCCACCAGCGGCUCGGAGCCCAACAACCGCAUGUUCUCGCCGUGUUCUCGCGACCAAAUUGGCGGCGUCCUUCAAGCCAAGGCUCUGCGCACGGACUCAUGCUUUGAAUUGGUUUCCAAUGGUCAGAUUUGUGGCAAUGGUGUAGUCGACGGCAAUGAGACCUGCGACUGCGGCAACUCACAACAGUGCAAAGACAAUCCACAGUGUUGUCAACCGACGGGAUGCGUACUACAAACUGGCAUGCAGUGCAGCCCGCAGCAAGGUCCAUGCUGCACUAGCAGUUGCAUGCUAGUCCAGCCCUCUGCCGGCGUAAAUUGCACCGAGGAGAAUGAAUGCAGAACUGGACUUGGCAGAUGCGAUGGAACUAAACCGGAAUGCACUCUACCUCCAAACAGGCCGGAUGGUACGUUCUGCAGUGAAGGCACGGCGACAUGCUUGAACGGAUUCUGCCGAGGCUCCCUGUGCCUAGGCUAUCAAGGAAUCAGCUGUUUCUGCUCCGACCCUGACAAUCGCUGUCAAGUGUGCUGCAAGCUGAGCGCCAAUGGCACGUGCACAUCACUGCGGGCCGCCGGUAGAAACCUGACCGGUAUUGUGACCUCUCAGCAGCCCGGCGCGCCCUGCGACGACUACGAGGGGUUCUGCGAUUUCUUUGGCUUCUGCCGGCGCCUGGACGACCAGGGUCCAAUCGCCAGGCUGCGCAACGCUCUCUUCUCCACCGAGACCAUCAACAAUGCAAUCGAGUGGAGCAAGCAGAACUGGUGGGCUGUGGCUCUCGGCGUUGUCGGCCUGGUCCUCAUCAUGGUGGUCAUUGUUCAUUUCCUUUCCAAGAAUACCAAGAAGACCGUCGAGGCAAAGCGCGAGGAAGCUCAGAAGUCUCGCAGCGGCGGCAGGGGCACAGAGCUCAACAACCGUCGAUAAAACGGCUGUACGCUGAGGUCUUUGUCCCUGCAAAGAGUGUGCAUAGCUGUGCACUGCGGCCGUUUCCACCGGACCUACGCAUGCCUUUAGUUGAACAGCUUGGAUAAGAUGACAAUUGGUUGUGUGUGUGUGUGUUUCUUCAAUGUCUUUACUUUACUCUGAACGGUAGAAAUAGACAACGAUAACGGCGCUGACACCAACCGGACAAACACGCUUACACUGGAGUUGUUCAUGCAUGUUUCAUCGGACACAGCCCCAUUGUUUUACCUGCACGCCUGUUUUCUGCGCGGGAUAUAGAUGCCUGCGGAAUGACAUAUUUAUCAGUAGUCACGCUGUAGUGGAGUCCCGGACCGUAGAUGCUUCCUUGUUGUGCUGCCGCUAUCAGCCCUGCCUAGCUACACAUGUCCUGUUCGGUCCAGUCGGCAUCAAUCGGGGUGCUUUUGACCGAAAUAGCUAUAGUCCAAUGCCAUGAACAGGAAAUGAAAUUUUGUUUUCACAUUUUUAGGCUAAUAUCUUCAUUGAUAUGUAUAUUUGUAUUUGUAUUAAAUUUUAGAAAAAAAUUGAAACCCUGACGGACACACACGAAAAACAAGUAUGUACGCUUCCUAUCGUGUCAUGCGAUUGUCUUGACAUUGAUAUUCUUUUUUCUCUUUCUGUGUUUAAUGAUGAGAUGUACCACACAUCAAAGACUAAAUCGCCGGCGUCCUUUGAUUUCCUUUUCAUCCAAGACCUUUUCUUCUCAUUUUGUGAUAUUUUUGUUUUUGUUUUAAAGGUUCGAUGAUAUAGACACGUAUUGAAGCUCC